AACAGAUUUGUUUUGUUUACCUCCGGCGUCUCAGGAAAAAGUGUGUUCUUCAAUAAAACUUCUUUUUUAACACGAACAUCCAACAAAGUGUUCGACCAUGUCGCGCAAGGAAGCGUUAUCUCAAUUCAUUAAUCAGAUCCACGGACGUCCGGUUGUGGUGAAACUAAACAGCGGCGUCGAUUACAGAGGCGUCCUGGCAUGUCUCGAUGGUUACAUGAACAUUGCGUUGGACCAAACGGAGGAGUAUGUGAAUGGUCAGCUGAAAAAUAAAUAUGGCGAUGCGUUCAUCCGGGGCAACAAUGUACUAUACAUUUCUACGCAAAAGAGAAGGGUGUAGUUGAGUGGGUUUGAAUAAAAUAAUACAUUUAUUUAAAAAAAAUAUCGUUUAUU